AUGCUCCGCUGUGAUGAGGGGAUCGUGCGCGCCCUUUUCCACGAGCAUGGCGGCGACAAAUUGUCUGCUAUAGAUCUUCCGCGCGUCUUGGAUGCAUAUACGUCGACUCAUGGCUCGCCCCUUGUAACUGGCGACAUUGCGUCGCAAAUCACUUCGUUUGCACGUGAGAACAGCACGCUCAUCAUCGGCAUCGACGAGUUCCUUGGCAUGGUUCGCUCCCUGGAGCAGGAGACUGACUCUUCGAUCGACACAUCCAAUACCUCUUUGCUCUUUGAUGGCAAAGGGGACUCACCCUCUUCUCCCGACACCACUCUUGAUUCUACACCGUCCGAAAGUCCUGCAAAGCAUCGCAGCCCGUUCGCUCCUCGCACAGGCGCCUGCGUCCCGAUCUCCAGCUCUUCUCAACGCAUGUCUGCCUUGCUGCCUGUGACGCGCUCAGAUCCUGACGUCGCUUCCGUGUCUGCGCGAUCCGCCCUUAUUCGCAAACUCGCGCGUGUCAACGAGCAGCUAGAGCGGCUCCAAACCGAACAUCAGAUGCUCACUACUGAAAAGGAGCAUCGCUCUCAGGAAUGCUCUGCACUUCAACGUGAAGUCCACGCACUUCGUCGUGACCUCCGUCUCACUCGUGAUCAUGAACAUGCCCUGGAAGUUCGUGUGCACGAGCUGGAUGAAUCCGUUGUUCUUCUGCAGUCGGAGCGUGAUUCACAGGCAAAGAUCCUUCGGGAACUAGAUGCGCGCAUGCAGCAGCAGCUUGUGUCAUUUGCCGCUUUGGAGACUCAGGACUCGGAACAUGUUGUUCAGCUACGUUCCAUGCAAUCUACCUGUCAUGCCUAUUUGGCUGACAUCCAAAACCUAAGAGCUACCUGUGAUGCACAGCGUGAGGCCAUGUCCAGUCUCGAGAGUACUGUCGAUGCACUGGAGCGCGUUCAUACCGACGCGGAGCGUCUUCAGCAACAAGUCGAUGCUUCUCGUCAGGUUCACGAACAGCUCGAGCAGGAGCUCUCAGCUUUGCGCAAUGUCUCUGCACAGACAGGACCUGUCCUAGCCGAAGAUUUGGCCUUGUACGACCAAUAUUCACCGCUUUCAUCUUCGUCAGCGACAGACGAAGGCCUUGAGAGCCCGUCGGACUGCCGGUCUCAGAACCAUCCGGACAGUCCUUCAGAGAACCAAUUUGAGUGCGAAUCAGCAUGCCCACCGAAGAGCGGACCUGGUCAUGAACAGAAAGUUUGUGAUCAAGUGUUCCAGGGACAAUGCGAUCAUCUCGACGAGGCACUGGCAAACCCGCCCAAUGCCGCGCAAGUCUCGAGCGAGUCCCCCAGUGAAAUACAGCCGGGCAUUCCAGGACACGUCUCUGGGAACGUCGAACCCGACGAAAUUCAAUCAUUGACCCGUCAGGAUUCCUUACAUCUGAACGACCGAAUGCAGAAUGAUACUGACCAGAAGAUGUGCCGGCAUAAUGACGAUCUACCACUUGCACCAACACAUUCUUUCCAAGUUAUAACGACUCCUCCUCGACCUUCCUCACCUGCCAAGUCAUAUAAGCCUGUCUCGCUUGCCACAAAUGUAUCAACGCCAUGCACACCUAUGCCAUCAUCUCCAUCUCGAUCGAGCACUUCCGAGCCUGACUGUCCCGAUACUUGUGCUUCCCUCACGUCCAAGCGGUCCACAAGUUCGCUGCAAGAUGCUCUUUUGGGCGUAUCCUCCGUUCCAACAACUAUCACAGCCACUCAUUCCACUCCAUCACCUAAAGCUCUUGCGCCACCCGCAAGCCACCACACUCACCGUCCAUUUAUCGUCUCAGCCAUCCUCGUACACUUAUUUCUGCUCCUCGUUGGCAUGUGGCUUGGGUUGUGGUUGUACGAUUUUGUAUAUCGAGCUACACCCUCUUUACUCUACGACCGAUUCAUGCAUCAAAGCUGGAUCGAGGCCAACAUGCUUUACGAUUCACUCGACACGCCACCUUCAAUCCAUGCAUGGCUCGAGCACUACCUAACCAGAUUCAGCUAG